CGCGGGGCGGGCCGGGGCCGGACGGGCUGCGGCUGCGGCCCCGGCGGCCGCGGCUCCUCCUCCCCUUCCUCCCGCGGAGGCUGACGUUGAGUCAACAGCGCGGCGGCCGCAGGAGGCGGCGGCGCAGCGGCUCGGAGGCGCCGGGCCCUCACGGGGGCCCGGGCGGUGGCGACGGCGGCAGCGCGGCGGGAGGGAGACUCGGCCGUGGAGGAGGGCGGCGUCCAUGCAGCCCGCCCGCGCCUGCAGCAGAAGGCCAUGAACAGCGACCGGACCGAGAGCGACUGGCAGGGGCUGGUGAGCGAGUACCUGGUGUGCAAAAGGAAGUUGGAGAGUAAAAAAGAAGCCCUGCUAAUCCUCUCCAAGGAGCUGGACACAUGCCAGCAGGAAAGGGACCAGUACAAACUCAUGGCCAAUCAGCUUCGAGAACGCCACCAGUCCCUGAAGAAGAAAUACCGAGAGCUGAUCGAUGGCGAUCCGUCACUUCCUCCUGAAAUGAGGAGACAGGCUAACCUUGCCCAACUAUUGAGAGAUUCUCAGGACCGAAAUAAACAUCUGGGAGAAGAAAUUAAAGAACUUCAGCAAAGGCUUGGAGAAGUCCAGGGUGACAAUAAGCUCUUGAGGAUGACAAUUGCCAAACAGAGGCUUGGAGAUGAAGAAAUUGGUGUGCGGCACUUUGCAGCUCAUGAGCGUGAAGACUUGGUUCAGCAGCUGGAGAGAGCAAAGGAACAGAUCGAGUCUCUGGAGCAUGACCUGCAGGCCUCGGUGGAUGAGCUUCAGGAUGUGAAAGAAGAACGGUCUUCCUACCAGGACAAAGUGGAGAGGCUCAACCAGGAGCUAAACCAUAUCCUGGGCGGGCAUGAGAACCGCAUCAUCGACGUGGACGCCCUGUGCAUGGAGAACAGGUACCUUCAAGAGAGAUUAAAGCAACUGCAUGAAGAGGCCAACCUCUUGAAAUCGAACAUUGCCAAAUACAAGAAUGCUCUCGAGAGACGGAAAAACUCCAAAGGCCAGGGUAAAGCCGGCAGCAGCGCUCUGACUGGGGUCCUGUCUGCAAAACAAGUUCAGGAUCUGUUAUCUGAGGAUCAUGGAUGUAGUCUCCCAGCUACUCCACAGUCCAUUUCUGAUCUGAAAUCUCUGGCAACAGCCCUGUUGGAGACGAUCCAUGAGAAAAACAUGGUCAUCCAGCACCAGAGGCAGACCAACAAAAUCCUAGGGAAUCGGGUGGCUGAACUGGAGAAAAAAUUAAGAACUCUGGAAGUUUCUGGUUUGUGGAGUCUUCCAGGCCUGAGCUACAAUGUUUCAGUAGGAUUUGGGAGGGGCAAAGACACCAUACUGUUCAGCGACCCCGGUCUUCCCACCAUACAGCAGUCAAGAUCCCCACUGCUGAAGUUCAUCGAGCAGCCCACUGAGGACAAAGCGAGCCCCAAGGAUGUUCUGGAGGCUGGGAAGUCCAAGAUCAAAGUGGUGACAGAUUUAUUGUCUGGGGAGGCUCAGAAGCAAGCACGAGAUGAAAGUCGUGCCGCUGCCCAGGUGUUGACAGCACCGGAGGAUGCUGGGAGGCCCGCUGUCAACUCCCCAGCAAAUCAGAGCCACAGGAACCAGCGCAAGCACUUUCAUCCUUCAUUACCCCAGUUACCUUCUGAGGAAGAAGAAGUAAACAGGCUCGGAAGGGAAAUAAUGAACCUGACGGAGGAGCAGGCAGCUGUGGAACCCGAAGGGGUCGGGAGAGAGAGUCCAGUGGAGAGUCAGAGGAACGAGAUAGGGCCAUCCCUGCUGGGCCCGGCCUCCAAGGCGGAGCUCCCCAAACCUUGCCAAGACCCCUUUGAGUCCAGCCAGCCCGAAGCCGAAGCUUCUACCAUGGAAAAUGGCAAAGAGACCCAGGAGGGUGGAGGCCCAAGGAGCACGGUGAAAACAUGAAGGGGGAAAGGGACCUGGCACGGUGACACGUGGAAGGAAGGCCCCGGUAAGGAAUUAAGCGUCAGAGCAGCGCGCAGAACUCGCUUUCUCCUAAAACACCUCUAAGCCUGCCAGUGAGAAAAAGACACGGAUCCUGUGGCUAACUGUGAAUGUUCUGACGAUGCCAGCACAGUUUGAUUUAUUAAAUGCAGGUCCUCAAGCUU